GCUCUGUAGAACACCUUCCCCGGGAAGCAAAAUAUUGAGCACUUGGUUCCGGAUAGGUUUGAAGACUAAGAAAUUGUUCCAGGCCGGAAUAUAGUAGGCGGCUAGCCGGUGCGAGAUGGUAGUGAUGAGCUGUCAGUGCAAGAUUUAAUAUCUCCAGGACGGAGACAUCCGAAGAAAGAAUGACGCUCACUCAGAAAGACAGCAGGCAGCGGCGCCAGCAUUACCAGCUCUCUGAGAUAAGCGGCAAUGACCAAAACUGUCACGAUGAACUGGAGGAAGGAGACGGGGAGGCAUUGUUACAGGAAGUGCCUGCAUGCAGAGGACUCGCAGGUCUCCGAGGAGAGUUGGGGAAUAUCCUCUUACUGCUCUUCUUAUAUAUUUUGCAGGGAAUUCCUUUGGGACUGGCUGGGAGUAUUCCCUUAAUUCUCCAGAGCAAAAACGUUAGUUAUACAGACCAAGCCAUUUUCAGCUUUGUAUUUUGGCCUUUCAGUCUGAAGUUGCUCUGGGCACCACUGGUGGACUCCUUGUACAUAAAGAGGUUUGGCCGCAGAAAAUCCUGGCUGGUUCCUACACAGUACUUGAUUGGACUGUUCAUGAUGUACCUGUCCGUAACAGUGGACGAGCUCCUGAACGGAGAACACGGACUUGAUAUGUUGGCUUUAACUGCUACUUUCUUCCUGUUUGAGUUUCUGGCUGCCACUCAGGACAUUGCUGUGGAUGGCUGGGCCCUGACCAUGCUGUCCAGGGAAAAUGUAGGUUAUGCAUCUACAUGCAACUCUGUAGGCCAGACGGCGGGAUAUUUCAUGGGGAAUGUUCUGUUCCUAGCGCUUGAAUCUGCAGACUUUUGUAACAAGUACUUAAGAUCUACGCCACAGCCUAAGGGAUUGGUGACACUUCCAGACUUCUUGUUCUUCUGGGGAGCAGUAUUUCUGAUAACAACAACUUUGGUCGCACUGCUGAAGAAAGAACACCCAAAUGGGAAAGUUAGUAGAGAAGAGACAGAAAGUGUGAAGGAGGCAUAUGGAUUACUGCUGAGCAUAGUGAAGAUGCCCGCCGUGCAGAAAUUCUGCCUCAUGAUUCUAACCGCCAAAAUUGGAUUUUCAGCGGCUGAUGCGGUUACUGGUCUUAAACUGAUAGAACGGGGAGUCCCCAAAGAACACUUGGCCCUUCUGGCAGUUCCAAUGGUUCCACUGCAAAUAUUACUGCCACUGAUAAUCAGCAAGUACACUGCGGGGCCCAAACCGCUCAAUGUCUUCUACAAAGCCAUGCCUUUCAGGUUGCUCAUGGGCCUGGAAUUUGCCUUCUUAGUUUGGUGGACCCCACGUGUAAGCCAUGAGGGAGGGUUCCCCCUUUACUUCUACGCAGCCCUGCUGCUGAGCUAUGCCUUACAUCAGGUUGCAUUGUAUAGCAUGUUUGUGGCAGUCAUGGCUUUUAAUGCCAAAGUUAGUGACCCCUUUAUUGGAGGAACCUAUAUGACCCUUUUAAACACCGUUUCUAAUCUUGGAGGGAACUGGCCAGCCACAACGGCUCUUUGGUUUGUCGACCAUCUAACGAGUAAGGAAUGUAUUGGAGCAGAUGGGCAGAGCUGUGCUGACCAUGAAGCUUCUGAGUUGUGUACAGGUUUGGGAGGCUCCUGUGUGACCGUACUAGAUGGGUAUUAUGUAGAAUCGGUCAUAUGUGUCGUCAUUGGAUUCUGCUGGUGGCUGUUUCUGGGACCCGCAUUUAAAAAAUUACAGGAUGAAGCCCAUUCUUCAUGGAAGUGUCGGCGGAGAAGUUACUGUUAAAGACUGAAGACAUAUUGUGAACAUCUUUCUGCCACUUAACGGUGGAUCUUAAAAAGUGUUUCCUUCCAUAGUUUGGGAGAAUGGAAUAGGAGCUACCUUCUACAUUACAGUCAGAAUCCGCGGCACCACUUGGUCUGUUGAUGGAUAUUUAUUACUUGCCUUAUGUAGAGUUGUCAUGCAUUUCCCUGCGGUACAUUCCCUAUAGUUGAAUGUGUUUUAAAAUGGAAUUUACUUGAUACAAGAAAGUUUAUUCAAAGAGGUCUGGUGAGCUCUUCUGACAGGUCUGUAGUAAUAAUUGUAUUCUCCAUGAGAUAACCAUUCUGGAUAUUAUAACUGCCUUCUAUUAUUCCUACUAGAAAUGUAUAUGCAUGAGUAAAUUAACAACUGGUUGUAGCCAUUCCCCUUGUCAUAUAGGUGUGUCCCUACACAGUCUGACACUGAGUGCAUAGGGACAUACCUUCUACUGGUCACACCCAAUUAUCAAUGGAUUUUUACAUUUCUAGUAGUAAUAACAAGAACGGCACAGCACGUUUAUAAGAGAACAUACUCCAUUGUUAUAUUAUGGGAAAUAUAAGCUGUUAGGGGAGCCAACAGAUCCUCUUUAAGGUAAAUGUCUGGCCUUACAGGUAAUCUGUCGUAUUGAAGGCAGGAGGAGCUGAGCAGAUUAGUGUAUAGUUUGGUAGGAAAACUUUAUUGGCUACAUUCCUUUCUUUGCUGAGGAGUCCAGUGGGUGGUCUCACUCGUAAUUGACAACCAUGCAUACAAGGAAGGUUGUCACUCUCUGAUUAGGACCACACGCUGGACUCCUAAGCAUAGAAAAAGCAGGAAUUGUAGCCAAUAACUUAACAGCUAUAAUAAGUUUUCGUACCAAACUAUAUAUCAGGGAUGCUCAACCUGCGGCCUUCCAGCUGUUGCAAAACUACAACUCCCAGCAGAGGUCGUACUACGUUUUUUCCAGAAGAGUAAAAAGACUCCUCUGACCAUUUUUGAGAAGUAUUUUUACCCGAGGAGAAGUACGAAAGCUGCAGUAAUACAAAUACAUAAUACGUAGACCUGUGCUUGCUCACAUCUGCGUUUGGAGCCUCUGUUGUAGAUUCUGUCAAAAGACCAGACAAAAAAGCCUUGUAUGCAGCACUGUUUUGUCCGGUAAAAAGACAGGCUCGUGAACGGGCUCCUUCGUAGUUGGCGGAGUCUGUUCUGCUUCUUCCCUGUCAGUCAGGCUGGGUUCAAAUCACAUUUUUCUCAUACAUUUAAUGUACACAUAAAACGUAUAUAUGUUAUCAGACGCCUCAGGAAUGCUGGGAAUUUGUAGUUUUUCAACAGCUGGACGGUCGCAGGUUGGGUAUCCAUGCUAUAUAUCAGGGAUGGUCAACCUGAGGCUCUCCAGCUGUUGAAAAACUACAAGUCCCAGCAUGCCCACACUGCCUACAGCUAUUAGCCUGUAGCAGGGCAUGGUGGGAGUUGUAGUUUUACAGGAGCUGGAGGGCCGCAGGUUGGCCAUCCCUGCUAUAUAUCAGUCUGCUCAGCUCCUCCUGUCUGCAGAUGUGACACGUUCAAUGUGACAGAUUCUCUUUUAAUACCAUUUUAAAAAAUCUGUAUAGGUUCAAAAUUCUUUGCUGAUUAAUUUUUUAGAGCGGUCCUAGGUAUAGAUUGAAUGUGUGCCUGUUGCUUCAGUUCACCUUUCCAGAUAUGCUGUUGUGUGUCUGUACCGUUUUACCAUAAGCAGCAGCCACAGUAUGGAGAAAAGUACUGAGCAGUGUAGCUGUGAAUCCAGCAUUGUGGGGGAUAGUACUAGAAGCAGUAGCAAUAUCUCUGUGUGCCUGUGCCGCUCUUUCUGCAGUUGCCUCUUCCUCGGCAGACUUCUAUAGGAAGUUGCUGUAACCUGAUCUCUCAUUGCAGCAGAGAAUCUGUCUCAUUACUUUCUUUCUGAAGACGGAUUGAAGGCGGGGGACUGGGGGAGUAGAAGUGGAUGAUAAGUGGGGGAAAAAAGAGUUUAUGUUCAAAAGAUUGCCUGCUAGAUGCCUGUAGUCACCACUAGAGGGGGCUUGGGAGUUCACUGAAUUCAGUGCUACAUUGAAUUUAAGUAUGCACUAAGCGUCUUCUAGUGGCAGCUUCAGGUAGUCAGAAUGAGGUCUUAUAGAAGUAUCCAUGUGCAGCGAAUAUUCAGCCUUAUAUCAGAAAAACUGAGAACCAACAUCUGUACAGGUAUUAAAUUAAUCGGCAUAGAAUUUUGGACCUAAAAACAUGACAAUAAAUGGUGGAGGUAAAGACCUACAGUAUUUUUUUUCUCUCUUAGAAACCAGCAGCUUUAAAUAUUUGGGGCAUUUUUCUGAUGUAUUUGAAAAGGUUAAGAUACUCUGCUUCUUUAACCUUUUAAUGACCAGCAAAACCUUUUUUCGUUUUUGCCUCUCUGCAUUUCAGCAGCCAUAACUUUUUAUUUUUUUCACUGACAUGGCUGUCCAAGUCCUUGUUUUUAUGCAGGAGAAUUGUUAUUUUUUGGCGUUGUUCGGGGGUACUGUAAUUUAUGCUGCAGAAAUAUAGGUAAAAAAAAAAUGUUUGGCGUUUUUUAAAAUACAUUUUUUAUGCCAUUCUUGUUUCCCAUUAAAUAACCAAAUAAUGAAAUUCUUCAGGUUAUGACGGUUGCGUGGAAACCUAAUAUGUGUAGGGCUGAAACGAUAAAUCAAAGUUAUCGAUAAUAUUCGAUAACGGGAUUCGUUGUCGACGAAUCCCGUUAUCAAAUAAUCGGGCGAUUCGUUGCUAUGCGGCUGGGAGCGG